AUGGCGUCACAAACCUACGAGACUAUCCCUGCGGAGAACGUUACGGACGACAUACUGAUCAAAGCCGCUCAGCUCUUCAACGAAAACUAUGGCACAUGGGGCGAGUUUUCAAGUAAUCCCGGAAAGCCGGUUAAGUUAAAUGUGCGAAGACUACGCGAACAGUACCUACCCACAAGCUCCAACGAAAGUGGUGGGAGCUUUUACAGCAGGGUGAUUAUCGAAGGAAAACUUGUCGGACAUGCAUUCGGCUGCCGCUGGACUUGCAAGGGUGGGACUGUUUGCUGGAUCACUCAAUUGGUGGUCGAUCGGUACCACCGUGGUAAAGGACUUGCGACGAGUCUUUUGCGAACACUCAGGAAAGACCACGAUAAUAUCUACGGCGUGAUGAGCUCACAUCCAGCUGCCUGUCUGGCUGCCGUCAAAGCUUUUGAUAGGACUAUCGAAAAGGUAGACCUUGGUUUCAUUGCUAAGAACGCCAAUGAAACCAUGUCGACUUCCCCGGUGCCUUACAUUCGAGAUGCCGAGCUGCGUGGAACCAUAUUCGACGGCAAGGAUACGACUGGGAUUGUUUCGGGCGUGAAUACCAAGUUCUUUGUGGACCACAAAGAGCCAUUGAAGGCGCUGGCGGUGGUCGAGAAGAAGUGGGAUUGGCCAUUGGGUAAGCUCCCAGAGGGUUAUGAAUAUCUUCUCAUACUGCCAGCAAGUGCCUCAUAA